AUGGCUUGCAUAGUGGAGAUCGACAACGGAUGGCUUGUAGACAACGAGGAGCUGCUAAACAAGUGGUAUCAGCGCGUGCGGUCUGUAGUUAACGGAGACAAGCCGUCGGCGGAAACCGGCUGGAGUCUGGUGUCACCAUCGAGACCUCAAACUCCUUAUUUUCCUACCAGUUUAGAUGCCAAGACACACGGGAAGAGGAAGUGUAGAAAACAUGCUAUUCAACCGUCGAAUCCAGAGAGUGUCGAGAAGUAUCUAAACUUGCUGUGUUUAUACCAAGAACUUGUUGGUAGAGAUGACUCCAUUGAGUAUUUCAAGAUUUGUACAUCUCAGUCGCAGUCAACUAAAGCAGCAAGAUACACAGCACCGUGUGAUGGUCUGUCUGAUCUGUGCGAAUUAUCCAAACUAGCACUACCAGCAACUGAAACGACUCAUGAAAUAGAUCUCGUAUCUGUACGAUGCCAAACCGACGUGGACAUUUUCAAUAACCUCAUUGUUAAUCAAUCAGACCAUCCUUUGUUGUUGACAACAUUUGGUACCUCAUACCUCAUACCAGCUCGUUGUCAAUUUCUCAUGUCAGACGUCUCGUAUCUUCAACCGCUCAUUGCUAUGAAACCAAGCUGCGGCUACAACCUCAUCGUCAUUGAUCCGCCUUGGGGCAAUGGUUCUGUCCGAAGAUCAAAGCGGUAUUCUUGUCUUCAGUACCGUGAUCUAAUGAGGAUGCCAAUCAAAGCACUUGCUGCUCGUCAUGCUUUAGUCAUUGUGUGGACAACAAAUCAUCCGAAGCACACCGAGUUUGUCAAGAACACGUUGUUUCCCCAUUGGUCUAUUGACUAUAUUUCUGAGUGGCAUUGGAUGAAAGUUACAACUCAAGGAGAAUUGGUUAUUCCAAUAGAAUCAGUGCACAGAAAGCCGUAUGAGCCAAUGAUAAUCGGCCGUUUCAAUCUAGCUACAGAGGACGUGUCAAAAAUAGCCGCAAAGAAAGCAAGAACAGACAAGCCCGAGAUUGGUGUAAACACAGAUGAUGCCCAAAUACCACAAAAUAAAGUGAUCUUCAGCAUACCAACGUCUGUUCACUCACAAAAGCCAAUAUUAUCAGAUGUAAUGCGUCAGUACUUGCCAAAAGAUGCAAAGUGCCUGGAACUGUUUGCUCGUAAUCUCUUACCAGGAUGGACAAGCUGGGGCAACGAGGUAUUGAAAUUUCAGAAUACCGAUCUCUAUUGGAAAGAAAAUAAAUGAAAGUUUUGAAAUGAUUUAUUUAAAAGAUGCAGACAAGUGCGGAAAUGGCGAAUCAGGCGUAUUGUAUACAAAAACUUGUGCA